AUGGAGGAAACUCCCCAAUCUGAAGCGGCUCAGGCCCUUGAGAUACUCCGGCGGUUCAAACUCGCCUGCGAAGAUCCAGCCUUCCGGGCAGCUGUCCGCCGCGCCUCCAAGAAGGACCUCUACUUGACGGUGCAGUCGAAGCUGCUCAGCCUGAGGGAAAUAGUCGAGCGGGACGAUGUGCUCCAAGUCACCGUCGACCACCCCCGCCUCUGGACCUUGCGCAGCCAGUACGCCGGUGCGCCCCAGAAGAACCUUGGCACCCCGGCUGCCCCUCGACCCGGCGCUCAAGACCACCUUGCCCCCCGCCCUCUUGCGCCAGCUCCUCGUAAACGCCAGGCUGACACUGGGUUCAGCCACCUCGCUCAUGUCAUGGCCAACUUGACCUGA